AUGCUGGGGUUGGCGGCUAUGCUGUUCAGAGUGGUGGAGAGCAUUGUAUGUACCCAGGUCGAGGAAGCAAUGCUUCUUAAUGAAAUAACUUGUAAUUUAUUCUAUACUUCUGACCAGAGUGCUGCAGGGGUGAAGGAAACUAAG